UUUGGCAAAGUUUCGCCUCCUGGCUGCUCGCAGAGAUCGACUCUCAGUCCAAGUGUUCUUUAGGAAAAAACGUUUCUACCUAUUUUUUUGGGUUUGGAUUUUGUACCAGUUGUUUUUUUGUGUGUGUGUGUGUGUUUUGUGCUCAGAGUUCAGUUUCCAGAAACCCGGAAUGGAGGAGCUGACGAUAUGGGAGCAACAUACAAUAACACUAAACAAAGACUCCAAGCUGGGCUUUGGUUUUGCUUUAUCGGGAGGCAGGGACAAGCCCAAUCCAGAGACCGGGGACACGGCUGUGGUGGUGUCAGAUGUGCUGCCAAACGGACCGGCCAUGGGACGGCUGUUCAACAAAGAUCAAAUUGUCAUGGUCAAUGGAGUGUCCAUGGAAAACGUUUAUUCAAACUUCACCAUUCAGAACCUCAAGACAUGUGGCAAGACGGCCAACAUAACAGUGAAACGCCCCCGAAAGAUCCAAAUUCCAGCUACCACCAGGCCAACUCGGGCUGCCUCCCACUCCAACCUACUGGACCACGACCCUCCUACUCGACGAAUGCGGCGUUACUCAGACGGCAGUGACAACGGUCGGGAUGCAUACCACUACCGUAGCCGUGCCCGCAGUGCCACACCAGACGGUAACGGGCAUGGAGGCACAUUACCGCUGUUGUCGUCAGGAUACAAGAGGCUGCCACAACAUGACGUCCCAGAAAAACCCCUGAGAACAACUCUUAUUAAAAAGAAACUCUCGGAUGAGUAUGGAUUGAAGCUGGGCAGUCAGAUCUUUAUCAAGCACAUGACUGAUUCGGGUCUGGCUGCUAAAGAAGGCACCCUCCAGGAGGGAGACCUCAUUCUCAAGAUCAAUGGCAUGACGACGGAGAAUCUGUCUCUGCUGGAGACAAAACACUUGGUGGAAAAGAGCCGCGGUAAACUUACCAUGACAGUACUCAGGGAUGAUCGCAAGUUCUUAGUCAGCAUCCCCGAAGUGGAAGACAGCGCCCCCAACAGUGAGGAUGACCAGCACCGGGGCAGCAGCUCUGAACUGGAGGACAUUUCAGAUCUUGAUGAAGACAUUCCUACUUCCAGAGACCGAUCGUCCCGUCCUACUGCCAGGGAGAAACGCACACGCAAAACAAGAGCUGAACCUCCACAUAAGUCUCGAGAUUCAUCACCUGUGCGCCCCGCUUUGACUCGGCCUCCUGUAAGGACCUACGCCUCACGCCGAGCCCCAUCUGAGUCUGAGUCAGACCCAGACCACAGCGCCUCUCCUCCACCUCCUCCUGUCAGGAGAGACAGAGACAGCCCCGACUUGAGGGACAACACCAGCCGAUACAAAGCUCUGUCUGGGAUAUCCACCCUCCCUAAGCCACGAUCCUCUCCUGCAGCGCCAAACUGGUCCACCUCUCACACUUCCUCCCCCUCACGGCCCCGCCGGCCCGUGUCCGACUCCGAAUCUGACUGCAGUGCUUCUCCUCCGCCAGCAAGAGGGAGCCCUUACCCAGACAGCAGAUACAAACCUCUUUCUGACCAGCUGCAUGCAGGCCAGCGAUCCUCCCCCAUUACCAUCCGUACAGAGGGACUGCGAAGAGUCAACUCUCCUGUCAGAGUCCCACCCCCAAACUCUGAGUCGGAGUCGGAUGAAAGCUUGCCGCGUCCUAACAGGCAGAGCACCACCUACAGUCAGGACUCGUUCAACAGAUACAGAGUGCUCCCGGAUGGUUCCCUGCCAUCGCAGGUGGAGCCGCCGCGAUGGCAGGCCCCCAGUGUGACUGCCAGCAACCCACCAGUGAAAGCUCAAUUGGAGUCUGACUCGGAUGCCAGUUAUGCUUCGGUUCCUCGCAGGGAAUCUUCAAGUAGCAGACACUCCAAUCCACCCAAGAACCGAUACAGGAUUCUUCCCGAGGUAGAGUCUGCUCCUGUGAAACGGGAGCCUCGUCAACGCUUUCCCUCACCCACCAGGCCGCCUCCUGAUGAUUCGUCCGAGUCAGACCAGCUGUUACACCUGAGGAGGUCUGGGAGCUCUGAGAGAGAGGAGACCCACCCCACUGGAAAGGUCAGAUCUGGGAUUUCAGUCAACAGCAACCCACCACUGUACUCCAAACCUUCAGAAGAGCCCAUUUACUCUCUACCUCCAGAUUCUUACCCUACAAUGAAUCCAGGAUACAGUUCGGAUCUGAAAACUGUGUCUUUUGUGAAAGAGCACAGCGUGGGUCUGAGGCUUGUUGGGGGCAACGAUGUUGGCAUUUUUGUCGGUGGAGUUCAGCCAAACAGCCCUGCCUAUGAUCAGGGUAUGAAAGAGGGAGAUCAGAUUAUGCAGGUAAAUAGUGUUGACUUUGGUCAUUUCACAAGAGAAGAGGCAGCUAACUUCCUCCUCAACAUCAAGAAAGGUGAACAAGUGGAGAUACGCACUCAGAAGAAGAUGGACCUGUAUAAGAAGAUCAUCAAGUCAAACCUGGCAGACAAUUUCUACAUCCGCACCCACUAUGACCACGAGUCAGAAGGCCCCAUCGGCCUCAGCUUCACCAGAGGAGAGGUGUUCAGGGUGGUGGACACCAUGCAUCGUGGGAAGUUAGGCAGUUGGUUGGCCAUUCGCAUGGGGAAUGACCUACAUGAGCUGGAUAAAGGCACCAUCCCAAAUCAGGCCAGGGCUGAGAAGCUGGCCAGCAUGGAGCAGGCACAGAGGGCUAGCGGAGAGAAACAGUCAUCAGGACCAAGAGCAGAGUUCUGGAAACUACGAGGCCUCAGAGGGAACAAAAAGAAUGCCCGUAGAACCCGCGACGACCUUCUGCAGCUUACGAUCCGGGGCAAAUUCCCAGCCUACGAGAGAGUUCUUCUCAGAGAAGCUAACUUUAAACGACCCAUUGUCAUUCUGGGUCCUCUUAAUGACAUUGCAAUGGAGAAGCUGGCCAGGGAGAUGCCUGAUGAAUAUGAGGUGGCAGAGAUGGUUCCUCGCAGUAGAGGUGGAGACAGCGCCUCCACAGUUAUUAAACUAGACACCGUGAGGAGAAUCGCAGAGAAGGACAAGCACCCUUUGCUGGACAUUACUCCUACUGCAAUAGAGAGGCUGAACUACAUCCAGUACCACCCUAUGGUUCUGUUCCUGGACCCUCACAGCCGUAAGGACGUGAAGGCCAUGAGACAGAGGUACAGCCCCAACUCCAACAAGAGCUCCAGACGCCUUUACGCACAGGCCCUCAAGCUGAGGAAGCACUGCAGCCACCUUUUUUCCGCACGUGUUGACCUGCAGCCCAGUUCCAAUGUUUGGUAUGACUCUCUAAAGAACAAGAUCCGCCACCAACAGUCAAAACCUGUCUGGGUGUCUGAAGUGACAUUGGAGAGUGGUGUGGAGCAGGACCUGGAUGCUUUGGACCAAACUCAAACGGACUACCUCAGUGCUGCCAGUGACCUGGAGGACACCGAUGGAGAGCCGUUCACAGACGGAGAGGCCUACACUGACAACGAGGAGGUGGAUGAGGUUUUCCCCGGUCGUGAAGCAGCCAGGAGCAGCGGUGCAGCUUUAGCUCGAUCUUCUGAACCUGCCUUUGGGGAGCGCAGUGACAGCAUGGAUUACGAGUCUCAACCGGAAACUUACUCACUCAGAGAAAUCCCACCACUGAUGGACGUGCCAGAGCCCACGUCACCCCGCCGGGAUUCUUACAGCCCACUACACAGUCCUGCUGAGGAAGAAGACCCGGGUUUUUCAGACUCGGAGUUCAGCACUGAGGACAUAAUCGCACCUACCACGCCAUUGGAUGGCCCGCCAGAUUUUGUAGCUCCGAACCCAACCACCAUUUACUCCGUCAGUGAGGCUUUAGCUCCUGAGGUGCAGACAGAGAGUCCAACACACGCAUCCCUAUCUGCCAUCGAAGAGAAAUUAGAAGAGGCGCGGUCGGCGGAGCCGCAGGCCAAAGUGGAGAAGAAGCACCCCCAGUUUAUAGUUUUGACACAUUACCAUCAAGCGGUCCAGUUCCGACGUACACACAUCCGAGGCAGCGAUAGCUCUGACGACGAUGAUGAAGACGAAGAAGAGGCCGAUGACAUCGAAUGGGGACCAGCUACGGAACUCUAGGCGCUCGUCAUACUGCGAACUAAAACUGGACACAAAUGACAAGACAAGCAGCUGUUCAUAAUUAAACUCUCUGCUUCCUCUGAGUGAUGAGAAACUCUAGUUUCUGUGCUCAUUUUUUAUAUUUUUUGUUUUCUACAUAACUGGAGACAUUUUGGAGGCGAUACAUACUUAUACACUACAGUGUGCUUUGUAUACACUGCAGCCAUUACAUUAAUAUUUAAUGUCCAUAGAGAACUACUCAGAUAAAAGUGGCUGUUUUACAUUUUUUUUUUUUUUUUUUAAAGGUUACCUUUUUUGCCAGUUUUGUCGUCUUAUUUUUUCUGGUUCUUACAAAUUCUAGAUGUACUAGAAGUAAAACUUUACAGUACAGCCAUCAUUUUGAGUCUUUUUAUGGAGGUAUUUAGGAUUUAUUAAAGAUUUUAAUAAC